AUGGGUCUUAUGUUAGGAGUGGAUCGACUGUUAGCUGUUUCACUUCCAGUAAAGUACUCUCGAUUGCCAAAGAAGAUAUACGUAGCUUUGAUGUUGGUAGUAUUAUUACUCGCUACAAUUAUAACUCUAUGUGGUUAUGCUGAUACAUCAGACCAGUUACUGCCGGUAUGCCUUCCGCCGACCGCUUAUAACGAGAAAUCAAGACCUGUGUGGGUUGGCUUCAACUUCGUUAUCAGCCUUAUGGUGAUUUCCGUAUAUGGUGCAGCUCAUGUGAAGUGUCCGCAAGCUUAA